AGCUGUGGUCCUCUUGUAGGUGCGGUAAUUGGUGCAACCAAGCCAGUUUACGAUAUUUGGGGCAACACAGUCAAUGAGGCUUCUCGCAUGGAGAGCACAGGGGAAAUAGACAAGAUACAAGUUACCAAAGACACCAAAGAGAUACUAAGCGGAUACUACGUACUUGAGAGUUGCGGGAUGAAAUCAAUAAAGGGCAAAGGGAUGAUGGAGACUUGGUACGUGGUGAAGAAGACAAGGGAGAAGUAUGAAGAUGAGAUGAACGCACUGAACUGGGACCAGAAGCCGACUGCCCCACCUCGAUCCCUCGCUGCUCUAGUUUACUCCAUACUGCAGUCACGGAGACGCAUCAAUACCCAUCCACUUGAUGCAUCUUCUAUGCCUAAAAAGACCGAGGGUGUUCGCAAAAUCCGCGCGGUGACAGCGCCAGUUAACUCAAACCAAAUAAGCAACUUAUGGCGGCCGAGACCAAGGAAUGCAAAAACGUUCAGCAAUGAACUGGAACUGGAUGGUGGAACGUGUUUACGGAGACAGAAGCAUCGACCUAUGAACCCUCGAGUGUCCAUCAGCUCUGCUGCCCCAACAAGCAGUUCCACCAACACGCUAGAUGGAGAUGCACAGUCCACAAUUAAAACUCCCGUCGAAGAAGCAACGCGCCGAAGUUUCAUAAAGCAAUCUAGCUUCGACGGAACAGUUGGAUCAGCGCGCAUGCGGUCCAUUACGAACGCCUUCCUCUUCAAGAACCGAGUGCAUAAUAUUAAGAAUGAUAAAGUAAAAUUGUGUAUAGAAGAGAGUGGAGACUAAGAUAUCACUACAUUGUAUAAAACCAAUGCUUUAAGUGUGGGAGAGCCAUGCUUCGGCACGAAUGGG